CAGCCUCCGCAGGAGGAGCUCUGGGCGGAAGGCGGCUGGGCCAGGCUGGGCCGGCGGCAGACGCGACGGGGCCCGGCAUGGCAGCCUCCGGCAAGCGCAUCGCCAUCUUCGGCGCCACGGGCAUGACCGGCUCGGCCACCCUGGCGCAAGCCCUCGAGGCGGGCCACCAGGUGACAGUGCUGGUGCGGGACCCAGUCCGCCUCCCGCCAGAGCUCCGGCCAGCACGUGUCGUCGUGGGAGACGUGCUGAAUCCUGAGGAUGUCGAUCGAACGGUGAAGGGGCAAGACGCUGUGAUCGUCAUUCUGGGCACACGCAAUGACCUGAGUCCCACCACCAUGAUGUCCGAAGGCACUCGGAAUAUUGUUGAAGCCAUGAAGUCCCACGGCAUCCGCAAGGUGGUGGUUUGUCUUUCAGCGUUCCUGAUGUGGGAUUUGGAGAAGGUUCCUGCCAAGUUGCGGCCACUGACGGAGGACCACAUCCGAAUGCAGCAGAUCCUGAAGGAGUCGGGGCUGGACUGUGUCCACGUGAUGCCCCCCCACAUUGCAGGUGACCAGCCACUCACAGGUGACUAUACAGUGACUGUGGAUUGCUCAGGGGGCUCCCGAGUCAUCUCCAAGCACGACCUCGGGCACUUCUUCCUCAAGUGCCUGACCACCUCGGAGUACGAUGGGAAAAACAUCUACUUAUCAAGGCAUUACCCCAAGGACUAGUGCCAGCCACCCCUCCUCCUCCCCCAUUUCUGUCCUCUGCCCCCCCCCCGACCUCCCUUGAGCCUGGGCUGCCUCCUUGGCAAAGGGAAUCUCCAAAGGUCUGCUCUGGCCUAUCCAAAGCCGCCGCCCCCCCACCCCCCACCCGUCUUUGCCCUUUCCACUUGGGAGUAUCCAGGAGCUGCGGCCACCUCUGCAUGAUGCUGUGGCAAAGCAGUGCCCCCCCCCCCGUCUCCGCCUGGCUCCAUCCUGUCUCAUCCACAGCACUUUAACUGCUGCUGCCCCGGGCGCAUGCAGGCUGUGGCUGCCACGCCACCCCUCUUUUACUUUCCAUGUUCCCCUCCCACAGGCCUGCAUUCUUUGCUGCCUGCCAGGCAGUGGGACUAUUAAAGCUCACAUAUUUUCUGCA